AUGCGUGAUACGUCAAGCGAGGAAGUCGAAAAUGUGAUGAGUUUAUGGAAUCCGUCGAUAAGAAGGUCAUUAUUACUUCCUAGACCUCCUUAUUCGUAUCGACAGUGGGUUAUUAUGGGAUUUGUACCUCGUAGUAACGAUUAUAAGGUUGUCGCCUUUGGUGGUUAUUUUUCUACUAAUGUAACGUCCUUUGCAAUUUAUUCACUCAUUGAUCAUCGUUGGAGGAUCGAGACCAUGACUAAGGUUAAUCGCAAUGUUAGUGUGAAGAGAUUGCAAUGUGGAGGUGGGUAUGUUUAUUUGGAUGGGGUUGCGUAUUGGAUAGGAGGCUUUCCAAACGAACCUGAAUACGAGAGUCAUGUUGUCUGCUUUGAUUUUGAUGUCGAGGAGUUCAGUUUUGUUGAGUUGCCCGAUGCAGGGGAAGAAGUGACUGGUAGGAUCGCGUUUCUCCUUGAUGAGUCGUUAGCUGUUUUCAGUGUUUCUUCUAAAAAGAGCUGUGUAUGGGUUAUGGAAAAGGAUGGUAAAGGAAAGGAGACGUGGAGGGUGUGGUUUUCAGGGGACUCGAAUUCAGAGGCUUCCGAUUUCAUCAAAGAUUGCAUUUACAUGAAUGUAGUGAUUCUUCAUGUUAAGAACACUGAUUUGAUAUUUGUAGUACUCUCUGGAAACGCAUAUUACUAUAACAUCAGGACUCAGCAAUUAAAACAGUGCGAAAAAACUAUUCGCCGUUUAGAUUCUGUUUGUACUUAUGUUGAGAGCUUGGUGUUGCACUAG